UUGAAAAUUGAACCAAAAAAGAUGGCUAAACUAACCGAAAUUAUAAAUUCCCCGCAUUCAACAAAUUUGCUAAAAUCAAAGCAAAAUCCACAGAGCACAAGUGUGGCAUGUAAUUCCAAGCUGCCAGAUGUAAAUGCCGAAAGUGAUUCUCUAAAUUUCACCGUUCAUUUGAAGACGGACACCGAACAAAUUCAGCCAACGUCGCUUGAAAUUUCCCAGUUGGAUGAGGCUAAAACGAGCAAUAUAAAUCAGGAAUCGAGUACCGAAUCGGCGUUAAAAUGUGAAUUGGCCCACGUGCGCAAGUUGCUCGACGAGGAAAAAAAACAAAGCAAUAGAUUGGCCCAAGAAAAUGAAAUAUUGAAAAAAUUUCUAGAGGAAAAGAUCAUGGAUGGUGACACCGAAUCAAAUUCUUCUACCAACGAAGAUGCUUACGACGACCAUAUCUUCGAAUUGAAUGAACAGAUUUUGGAAUUAAAAGACAUCACACAGUCGUAUUUGGCAGAUAUUCAUGAAUUGGAAGAGGGGCUCAAGGAACAAAUUUAUAUUCGCGAUGAAAAUGUAGCGGAAAUUCAUCAUUUGCGCCAAGAACUUGCUCAACAAGUACAAAAAUACCAAGAUCUCAAGAGCCAAUUCGAUGAAUCAUAUUUGAGUACCCAUUCAAUUCGUAGCUACUCACCAAAGAGAGUUCGGUUUCUCGAAAGCUCUUCAUGUGAUUCACCAUUGACAGAAAAAGUAAACAAUUUGAAAAGAUCUGCAAUUGCAUUUGGAAUGCCAUUUUCAAAAUCUACCAAACGCCAGCGAAACUCAAAGUGACUUUUUUUGAUGU